GAACCCUAGCCGUGUCUCUCUGCUCACUCCCUCUGUUGCUCUGAGCUGCCGUGCCGAUCUCCUUCAAUGGCUUUUGUCAAGUCUCACAAGUCCAAGGCCUACUUCAAGAGGUUCCAAGUCAAGUACAAGAGAAGGCGAGAGGGGAAGACUGACUACCGGGCAAGAAUUAGGCUCAUCAAUCAAGACAAGAACAAAUACAACACACCCAAGUACCGCUUUGUUGUGAGAUUUACAAACAAAGAUAUUGUUGCCCAGAUCGUAUCUGCCAGCAUUGCUGGCGAUUUGGUCCUUGCAUCUGCCUAUGCUCAUGAGCUGCCACACUAUGGGCUUGAUUUUGGUCUCACAAACUAUGCUGCAGCUUACUGCACUGGACUUCUCUUGGCUCGUCGUGUCCUGAAGACUCUUGAGAUGGAUGCUGAGUAUGAAGGCAAUGUUGAGGCUACUGGUGAGGAUUACUCUGUUGAGCCAACUGAGAGCAGAAGACCAUUCCGUGCUCUUCUUGAUGUUGGCUUAAUUAGGACGACUACUGGAAACCGUGUGUUCGGUGCCCUGAAGGGAGCUUUGGAUGGUGGUUUGGAUAUUCCACACAGUGAAAAGAGGUUUGCUGGUUUCUCCAAGGACAGCAAGCAGCUUGAUGCUGAGGUCCAUCACAAGUAUAUCUAUGGUGGCCAUGUUGCCGCAUAUAUGAGGACUUUGAUGGAGGAUGAACCAGAAAAGUAUCAGACUCAUUUCAGUGAAUAUCUCAAGAAGGGAAUUGAAGCUGAUAACAUUGAAGAGGUUUACAAGAAAGUGCAUGCUGCCAUCAGGGCUGACCCUACAAUGAAGAAGUCUUCAAAGCCACAACCCUCGGAACAUAAGAGGUGGAAUCUCAAGAAGCUUACCUACGAGGAAAGGAAGAACAAAUUGAUUGAGAGAUUGAAUGCCUUCAACUCAGCUGCCCAUGCUGAUGAUGACGAUGAUGAGUGAUCAAAGAGUUGUCUCCUUAGCUUGUCUACCCUAAGCAUGCAAUGAGAUCGAGUUAUUAUAAAUUCACAUAGGACUCCUUUUAAAUUUUCUUCUCCAAAACAUGGAUUACUCUCUGGUCUUUUUCUUGUUUGGUGAUGGAAGCUAGAAAUCGACUAAAGUUUUGACGGCUAUUAAUUUAUCCAUUUUCUCAUCUUGUC